UUCAAUUAUGUUUACGUGAAUUGUGAUAUAUCGGUUAGGUUUACGUAAAUUGUGAUUUCUUCUUUCUGUCUUGCUUGCUGAAUGUCCAUGGAAUUGGACACCCUCUUGCCCGGCGUCACACAACAUCCUCCUCCGGAAAGCUAUGUAGAAAUAGACAAGCGGCAGAAAUUGGAACCGGAAGCAGAAGAAGAAUCGGAAUCACAAUCCAAUUCUGAAUCUGAAUCGGAAUCGGAAUGGGAACCGGAACCAUGGAGUUUGAAACGCAUUGAAGAUUUAGUGGAGAGUGACUUCUAUAUGUAUAACGACGACUCAAAUCCUUACCUUUUUUCUUGUUCGCGGUUUGAGUAUAAGAAUAAGGCACAGAUUAAAAAAGAAGAGCAAGUAGAAAAGGCCGUGGCUGAAUAUGAGGAGCGCUCUCGUAACCUAACUCCCUUUGAUGCUAUCCCUGUGCCACCGUUAGCCAAUAUAUUCGGUAAUAACUGGCCCAAGCCCAUUACCAUUACUGAUGAUGUUCGCCCACUUCUCAUUCACCUCUCCAACCUUGCUUUGGAAAUAUACAAUCAGGUUCCAAACGUCUCUCAUUCACUGCCAAUAUAUUAUUCAUUUAUCAAGUUAAAUAUUCUAGUUCUAAUAUUUUAUUCUUUAUUUAGGGUACUGCAAAUGCAAACUAUGUGUUUAAUGAAAUUGUCAAAGCAACCUCUCAGUUUAUUCCUUACGGCACUCAUUACAUUACCUUUGAAGCAAAAGAUGCUGCUCAUGUUGAUCCUUUCAACAGCCCUAUCACAACUUUUCAGGCCCAUGUAUGGAACAGAAGGCCUGAAGAGGGACAGCCUGUAGUCAAGUCAUGUUCCAUUAAGCCUAAAUAAUACAUGCUUAUCGGAGACACAAAAAAAUGGUGACAGUUCAUAGUUUAUUUGAAUUUGUACAUGAUUUUUACAUUUAAAAUAUAUCAGCCAAAUUUCUUUUUAAGCAAAUCACAAUGAUUACAAUUUAAAAAUAAUAACAAAUACGAGAAACAUGGUGGCCAUAUGACGGAGAAGUGAAGCUUUAAGUCACUUGUGUGUCUACACCAUUGGUCGGAAGUAAGUGUGUCUCCAUCCAUAUUUCAAUACGUUUCAAUACAAAGUGUGAAGAGUUGAAGACAUAUUCCAAUGCAUUGGAUAUUGUAAGCCAGAGGGUGUUGAUGAAAAAGGUUUGGGAACUAAUACAUCUAUCCACAAUUUCUACGUGUCCACCGUCGUUGAAGUACAAGCCAAAGAGGGGGUGUUAAGAAGAGUAGGAAAAGUCAAGAAAGUGACGUGCAUCAUGAUCCUAGCCAGUAGGAUUAUGUCGAGGGCUCGCAAGAGAGUCAGACUACGAAGAUAUCAUGCAUAAAAUCAACAGCAAGUCCACUGUCAUGUAUGCCGAUUUGUAGCCAAUCAUCCACCAAAUCUUCAAGACAUCUUUACUUGUCACAGUUCUCUGCUUUCUUACAUCCAUACAUCAAUGACAUUGAUGUUGGUGACAAUGAAAAUUGUGGUUUCCGUGCUAUUACAGCUUUACUUGGAAGGGACGAAGAAUCAUGGCCUUUGACACAAACACAGGUAAAUGCUCAAGUUCAUCAACAUUCUCAAUUGUUUUUCAAGAAUGUGUUACGAGUAGAUCACUUGAGUGUGCAAGGUAUAGAUAAAUGGAUGACGAUUCUUAAUAUGGGUUACCAUAUUGCUACUAGAUACAAUGUCAUAUUGGUCUCCCUAACCGAGUUGCUUUAGUCACUAUGAAGACGUAGUUAGAAGGUCAUUGUAGUUUGUUUUGUAUUCUUAUAUGUAUGACAACUAUUAAAUGUAUAUAUUAAGUCGGGUAACAUUUUUACCGAUUCAGUUUUUCAAAAAAAAAAACUAAUGGAAAAA